CUUGUGUGUGGUUUUGUCGUAUAAUCUGUUUCACUCAUCGAUUUCGAGACAUUUUGAUAAUUACGUGUCUUCCGAUCGCUUGUUGAAUUAAGCAUGCAGAGGCCAAGUUUUACACUGGUUCUCUCUGGGCUGUUUCUUGCCUACAUUCUCCAUUCCUUAUGGACAAUUGCUUCUCUGUUCUUACCUCCAACAUGUCACGAGACAUCAAAGGAUUGUAUUCAGUCUCAUCUUAGCACCAAACCAAAACUACAGUUUUUGCUGUAUCUGUCCAACUCAGCAAACAUUCAAAGCCAAUCAGAAUUGAAGUUCCUUGGAAGAUGGAAGGAUCUGGAUCUCACAGAAGCAAAGGAAGAACAGUACGCGGUCACCAUACCGGGCCUGGCCCAGCAGCGCGCCGGCACCCUCCAUCUGCACGCCUUCGUGUCCCCGAUGCCGCCUCCGGGCCGCCGCUACCAGGAUAUGAUCAGCAGUCCGGUGGCCGUGUACGCGCGCGCACCCCUCAUAGAGAGCCACGUGCCGCAGACGGAGGCGUUCAAUCUGCUGGGAGGGGAUGAGCAGAGUGCGCCGCGCUCGUCCCAGCCCCCCGGCUCGGAUGGCCGGCCGGUGCCCCACCUGCGUUCCCACGUCCCGCUGCUGGUGCUGGCGGAGGAGGCCGGCCUGCCGCGCAAGGACAUGCCGGCAGACAUCGCGGCCAUGGUGGCCCAGCGGCUGUCGCCCGAGGGCAGAUAUCUGCCCCUGCUGCGCGUGGACCAGCUGUCGACCCGGGUCAAACACCUGACCCGCAUCACCGCCGCGCCGGGAGAACAGAUGAACGUCACAGUCAGACUGGAGCCGGCGCGACUCGGUAAAAUGAGGCUGUGGAUGCAGUUUGAGCUGGGCAUGACGUCGAUGCAGCAGCUGGGUUUUUCGGCCAAGGAUCUGGACGAGGUGAAGGGCAUCUUCACCGAGACCAACAUGGUGCUACUGCUGGUGACCAUGUUCGUCUCCGCUGUCCACCUGCUGUUCGACUUUCUGGCGUUCAAGAACGACAUCGAGUUCUGGCGGCGGCGCAGCUCGUUCGCCGGCCUGUCCACGAAGGCGGUGCUGUGGCGCGCCUUCUCGCAGGUGGUGGUGUUUCUCUACCUGCUGGAUGAAGAGACCAGCUACCUGGUCAUCGUGCCCAUGGGUAUCGGCACCGUCAUUGAGAUCUGGAAGGUGUUCAAGGCGUUCCACAUCUCAAUCCGCUGGGGCCUGGUGCCGCGGCUGUCGUUUGGCGCGCGCACCUCAGACGAACUGCGCACGGCCGCGUUCGACUCUCAGAGUAUGACCUACCUGUCGUAUCUGCUCUAUCCGCUGUGUGCCGCCGGAGCGGUGUACUCGCUGCUCUACACGCCGCACAAGAGCUGGUACUCGUGGUGCAUCCAGAGCGUGGUGAACGGCGUCUACGCCUUCGGCUUCCUCUUCAUGUUGCCGCAGCUGUUUGUCAACUACAAGCUCAAGUCGGUGGCCCACCUGCCCUGGCGCGCUCUCAUGUACAAGGCUUUCAACACGUUCAUCGACGACCUGUUCGCGUUCAUCAUCACCAUGCCGACGGCACACCGCGUGGCCUGCUUCCGGGACGACCUUGUGUUCCUGGUGUACCUGUACCAGCGCUGGCUGUACCCGGUGGACAAGAGCAGGCUGGAUGCCGCCGCCAGCUUCGCCGAGAGCAGCGAGGUGUCGCCGCCGCCGGCAGAGACGCAGGCUCAGCAGAAAAAGCAGCAGUGAGGGGCGCGGCGGGGACGCGGAUGGUAGUCAGGGUUGUCACUCAUGGGAGCGAUGCCGGAGGUGGGUUGUAAUGUCUUGGAAGGGUUGUCAGUGGUAUUUGUAUUUGCUAUGAAUCUGGUAGGAAUUUCGAGGUGGGUGGUGAGGGGACGUCUCUGAAAGGAAGGUGGAAGGUAACUACUACGAGAGCAUUAGGAAAGGGAUUGGCGAGUAAUAGAGUAAGAACGGAACAGAGUACGGUCGAAAGGAGCAGAUAGUGCGACUGGAGGCGGGUCUGCCGCUCCGAGGAGGGCUGUGGGAGGCGCGCUGGAGCCGCUAGUGCUGUGCGCGUUACCGUAAAGCAUGGAUCACAUCACAGUUCACACACUUGGUUGUGGGCGGGUGCAGUUAUGAUGGUAUGACGUAUUAUGGAGCAAGCAGGGAACAAGCAUCAGCUGACCUAAGCUCACGUUUCGUCCUCAACCGGGCGACAACUACAAAAAGACCGCAGAAUUAAAGACUGCAUUUGCGUGCAUGCCCUGUGAUUGCUACGAAUGGUUGCGGGACGAUGCUGUAAAAGUGUAUGGGUUUUUGUGGCGAUGGGUCCGGUGAACCGAGGCAUUGGACAGGGUUUUCGACCAAACGUGGGUCUCAGGAGGUGGCUGGUGGGGGCUGCACUGUCACAGAGGGUGGUUGGGUGUAAGGAACGCAGCGCGGGCGUGGUUUCAUCGUCACGUUAAUAGCUGGGCUGGUGUCGGGAGUGGGGUAUGGCGGUCCGGGCCGGUCGUCUUGCACAGGCUGCUAGCAAUGUGAUGCCAAAGCUGUCGUCGUUCGCGGCGAGUCGUCAUUCCUUCCUCCCUCCUUCAGACAGGCGGUGAGGCGAGCUUUCGGUACUGCUGUUUCUCGUCGACUUGUUUAUUUAUUUUGUUGUUUCAAGGCGUAGGAUUGUCUGAAGUAGCUGUCGAUGUGAAUGAAAGUGCUUCACUUUGUGUUUUUGUGGCAUUGAAGUCCGAUUACAUGGUUUGGCUACCUAGUGAGGCUCCUCGAUUGUUGCUUGGAUAGUAGGUACACAGCGUCGACGUUCUGCGAUGCGCAUUGCGCGCUCCAAUGUGCCAGCACACAUUGUGAUCGGACUGUGUGAUCAGUUCGUGAUCAGUUCGUGCGGCUCUGUGUUUACAAACCUGAAACCGUUCUGCGUAAUUAAAGAAGCUGAAUGAACAUUUUCGUCUGACAAAUUGCAUCGUCUGUCAUCCAGCUACGAUAGGAAUGAAGAGCUCUGUUAAUUAUUGAUUAUAUGUGUCGUAAUCACUGUUCUGUGGUAGCUUUUUUCCGUUCCGCGGCACAGACCGAGCUGGAGAGCUCGACCCGACUCGUGAUAUUUGGACAGCACUGCUUUAGUCGUCCCCCGGUAAAUAUUUGUUGUUUCAUUCGGACGCCCAGCUAGUGUUUCCAAGCUCCUGUUGCUCAUGUAUUUUUUUUCGAAUACAGAGCUAGCGGUGCAUGAACGCUAAA